UCGUCAAAGAUGAAAGUGACCUUAUCAACCUUAGAUGCUCACGAGACGUCCUUCACGCCUCUGGUGGUCAUAGAGCUUGCUCAGGACGUCAAGGAGGAGACGAAAGAAUGGCUGAAAAGCAGAAUCGUUGCUAAAAAGAAAGACGGAGGUGCCCAGUUGUUAAUUAGACCAUUGCUGAGUAAAUAUGAGGAGGAAAGCCUCGAACAUCAGAACCUGUACCUCGUCGGUGCCUCCAACCUCCGCCUGCUGCUGGGGGCGGAGGCGGUGGGGCUAGUGAAGGAGUGCAGCGACGGCACCAUGAUGGGGGCCCUCCCCCCCGGCACCCGCUGGCGCUUCCGCGGCUUCCACGAUAACAACGAUGAUUUCCUCACCAUGGCCGAAUGUCAGUUCAUCAUCAAACAUGAACUGGAAAACCUCAGAGCUAGAGAUGAAAAAAUGAUCCCCGGUUACCCCCAGGCUAAGCUGUACCCAGGAAAAUCACUGUUGAGGAGGCUGCUCACGUCCGGCAUCGUGGUUCAGGUGUUCCCACUGCACGAUAACGAGGCCCUGAAGAAACUCGAGGACAGCUGGUACACGCGGCUGGCGCUGAAGUUCCAGCCCAUAGACAGGAUCCGCGACUACUUCGGGGAGACCAUUGCGUUCUACUUCGGGUUUCUGGAGUACUUCACGUUCGCCUUGGUCCCCAUGGCCGCCAUCGGGCUGCCCUACUACCUGUUCGUGUGGGAGGACUACGACAAGUACGUGGUCUUCGCCUCGUUCAACCUGCUCUGGUCCACCGUCAUCCUGGAGGUGUGGAAGCGCGGCUGUGCCAGCAUGGCCUACCGCUGGGGCACGCUGCUCAUGAAGAGGCAGUUCGAGGAGCCGCGGCCCGGCUUCCACGGCGUGCUGGGCGCCAACCCCGUGACGGGCAGGGAGGAGCCGCUGUACCCCAGCUACAAGCGGCAGCUGCGUAUCUACCUGGUGUCGCUGCCCUUCGUGUGCCUCUGCCUCUUCCUGUCCCUGUGCGUCAUGAUGGUCUACUUCGACAUGGAGGCCUGGGCCCUGGCGCUGCACGAGGACAGCGGGUCCGAGUGGACCGGGGUCCUGCUCUACGUGCCCAGCAUCAUCUACGCCGUCGUGAUCGAGGUCAUGAACCGCCUGUACCGAUACGCCGCCGAGUUCCUGACCUCCUGGGAGAACCACAGAUUGGAAUCUGCCUACCAGAAUCACCUAGUCCUGAAAGUUUUGGUGUUCAACUUCCUGAAUUGCUUUGCCUCGCUCUUCUACAUUGCCUUCGUCCUGCAGGACAUGAAGCUCUUGCGCCAGAGCCUGGCCACUCUCCUGAUCACCUCCCAGAUCCUUAACCAGGUCAUGGAGUCUCUCCUUCCUUACUGGCUCCAGAAGAAGCACAGCGUGCGGGUGAGGAGGAAGGUGGAGGCCUUGAAGGCGGACGUCGACACUACCUUAUAUGAGCAGGUCAUCCUGGAGAAGGAAAUGGGGACCUACCUGGGCACCUUCGACGACUACCUGGAGCUAUUCCUGCAGUUCGGGUACGUGAGCCUUUUCUCCUGCGUCUACCCACUCGCAGCUGCCUUCGCCGUGUUAAAUAACUUCACCGAAGUCAAUUCAGAUGCCUUAAAAAUGUGCAGAGUCUUCAAACGUCCAUUCGCAGAGCCUACAGCCAAUAUUGGUGUAUGGCAGUUGGCCUUUGAGACGAUGAGUGUUAUAUCUGUGGUCACCAACUGCGCUCUCAUUGGAAUGUCGCCCCAAGUGAAGGCCAUCUUCCCAGAGUCUAAAGCAGAGCUCAUUUUGAUUGUGGUAGCGGUGGAGCACGCCAUCCUGGCCUGGAAGUUCAUACUUGCAUUCGCCAUCCCCGACAAGCCGCGGCACAUCCAAGUGAAGCUGGCCCGGCUGGAGUUUGAGUCUCUGGAGGCGCUCAAGCAGCAGCAGAUGAAGCUGGUGGCCGAGAACCUGAAGGAGGAGCCAUGGGAGGAGAAGGCGACCUGAGCCACCUGAGGGAGCCGCGGCAGGUGCCAGCUGUGCCUGCAGGCGCCCUCCUCAUCCUACAGCCCGGCUAGCACAGCCGUCCCCGGCUGCCCAGCCCGCCCCGUCCAGGCUGCGCCCAGGGCCCACCCGGCCCUCCUGCUGCCACCUGCACCAGAGCCCCACCGCCUGCCUCCUCUGCGCCGCCACUCCCAAGCUCCAGGCCCGGACCACGGCCAGGGCAGCGAGUUUCUCAGGAGCAUCCCAGGGGGCUUCCCGCCGGGCCUCAGGG